CGCGCUGCUACGCUACCUCCUCUCACUCUGCUCUGACGACCCGCACGACCUCGGCUCUCGGCCUCUCGCUCUUGGUUAUCGUCUGCGUGUCUUGGUCUGCUGAUGUUGGUCCAUGCCGCCUCCUACCGUCGUCGAUCCCUGGCUAGCUUCGCGCCGCUUCGGAGUUGUAAUAGACGCAGGCUCGUCCGGAUCUCGACUGCAAAUAUACAGCUGGAAGGAUGCCCGCACGGUGCGAGAGCAGCUCGAAGGUGACGCUUUGCGCACCCUGCCGCAGGUGGGGAAGGGGACGGAGAACGGAGACGAGUGGUCCCUCAAGGUAGAACCAGGAAUCUCUUCCUUCGCGGACAAUGUCGAUGGGAUCGGCGCAUACCUCCAACCGCUGCUCGAGCAUGCGAGGACGCAUAUUCCUCCCUCCCUCCAGCCCGAAACUCCUCUCUUUCUUCUCGCGACCGCAGGGAUGCGGCUCCUCACACCCGAGAAGCAGGCUGAAGUGCUACAGUCGACCUGUCACUUCCUCAAAUUCCACUCAAAUUUCCGGAUAGACGACCCGUCCGCCUCGGGACCGUGUGGUUCCAGCGUCCGUAUAAUCACGGGCGAAGAGGAGGGUCUCUUCGGAUGGAUAGCGGUCAACUAUCUCAUGGACGGCUUCAAGGGGUCGGACGAGGAGCGGUUAACUCAUGGCUUUCUGGACAUGGGCGGCGCGUCGACCCAAAUCGCGUUCGAACCGAGCAAGCAGGACCAGGGCCAGGGGCAGAAUCUCCUGGAUGUCAGGCUACGACUCUUGGACGGCAACGACAUUCACCACAAGGUUUUCGUGACUACGUGGCUGGGCUAUGGGACGAACCAGGCGCGGGAGCGCUACGUAGCUCAACUCAUUAACGAGUACGACGCCGGUCGUGCUCUCUCUCUCAGCGCACCGGAGUACAUUGAGGACCCCUGUCUUCCUAAAGACCUCAUCGUUACGAACGCUCCAGCUCAACCCGAGACUGCAUCUCCGCACGCUAAGACGGCGCACAAGUUCGUCGGUACCGGGUCGUUCGAGCAGUGCCUGCAGAGGACGCUUCCACUCCUGAACAAGGAUGCUCCAUGUCCGGACUCACACUGCCUAUUCAACGGUGUAUCGGUCCCGCCAAUAGACUUCACCGCGUCAAAUUUCAUCGGUGUAUCGGAAUAUUGGUAUUCGACCGAACAGAUCUUCGGACUUGGAGGGGCCUACGACGUCGUCCAGUACGAGCGUGCGGCCUCUGAUUUCUGUUCGCAGGACUGGCCGCGGGUCCUCAAGGAGCACGAGGAGACACGCAAACAGGGCCAUCUGGGCGGAGACGGCGAGGUCGAGGAAGGCGGGGUUGUGGUAGACACCGGAAAGUGGGGAAUCGACGUGGAGAUUCCGCGUUUGCAGAUGCAAUGCUUCAAAGCGGCGUGGAUCGUCAAUGUUCUGCACGAAGGCAUCGGCAUGCCCCGCAUCGUAGACCCCGGAGGGAACGUUACCACCGACGGCGACCAGGUCGCGGCACAGGCACAGACCAAGGGGCUCGGUCGGCCUACCUUCCAGUCGAUGGACACAGUCGGCGACAUCGCCAUCAGCUGGACACUCGGGAAGAUGGUGCUGGAGGCCAGCAGAGACGUUCCACCCGCGUCCGCAGCGGCGCGCCCGAUCGUUGAUCCUCUCGACGACAUACCUGACAUAUCGACGUCCCCGGUGCAGCCGAUCCGCCCACCGUUCCUCGACUUUGACGGGUUCGAGGAUAAGAUCUCGCACCACCUGCCCCCCGCGCUAACGCGACAUUCCCUCGGAUUUUCGCCGAUCGGGUUCCUCUUCUAUGUCUGUGUCGUCUCCCUGUGCUGCACGGUCUUCUACCGCAUGCGACAUCGGAUACGAAGCACGGUCCGUCGCUUCACAAACAAGCGUGAUCGUGCAUACCUCGCGGAGGGCUACAUGAUGGAGGAGGGACAGUCUCUGACCGGCGGCCCGCCUCCCUCGCCCCCGUGGUCUCCGUCUGCCUCGCGACUAUCCUUGCACCUCCUCCCCCCACUCCAACGGAUCUCGUCCUCCCUUGGCAUCCGCGCCUCACGGCCGUCCCCGCUCACCCUCAGCCGCGAGUCCUCCAUGCGCGGCGGACAGUACUCCCCCGCCCGCAUCUCCCCGAACCGCUCCUUCUCCCACCCUGUCAUGAAGACGCAAGGCGGGCUCGCGCCGUACGAGGCGCCAAACGGCACGGCGACCUCAUAUGUGCCAGGGUCGCCGCGCCUGCAGGACGGGAGCAUCGUGUCUAACGGCAGCGUCUCCUCGCUACUGUCGCGCUCCCGUAACAGCUCCCACAUCAAUCUCUCCUCGCUCGCCCCGCGCCAGGCCACCUCGCGCUCGGUCAGCAGCGGCAUGUACCCGCCCGCAUCCCCCUUCCACGAGGAGUGAAAUAUGAACGCUGGACACCCCGGACACCGAUACCGCUGCGAGACCGCGCUCGCCGCCGCACACGUCUUCUCCCGCCCCUUAUAGUUAUUGCCUCGGACUGACU